CACCGCUUCUCACCCCCACCCGCUUGCACCAUGGCCUUUCCCGCCCCGCACGAGGGGGUCAACCUCCCGCUACCAGACCCCGAGGCGUACCCCGGCGAGCCGCGCGAGUAUGCGACAGCGCUCAUGCAGCGCAAGGACGAGAUUGAGAAGGAGAUUGACGCGCUGAAGGAUGUGCUCGCUUCUCACAACGCGACGACUGACACGCCGCUGGUAGACCCAGAAGGAUACCCGCGCGGCGACAUUGACGUCUAUGCAAUCCGGCACGCUCGCGCGGCCCUGGCGCGCCUGUACAACGACCGCAGUGAAGUGACGCGGCGGCUCGCGACGGCGCUCGAGCAGGCGUUCCAGCCUGGCGCGUCGUCGUCGAACGGCGCGACGGCGCCAGCCGCACCCGCUGCACCACCCGCCGCCGCCAUCAACGGCCACCGCGACAACGCCGACGCGAGCGACAUCCCCGACGUGUGGCCUGACCGCCCGAUCGCCCUCGUCAACUCGGUCGCCGACAACAGCCCCGCCGCCGCCGCUGGCCUGCAGGCAAGAGACGUCAUCUACUCUUUUAGCGGCAUCACCGCUGCCAGCCCCGGCGGGAUGCAGGCCAUCGGCCCUGUCGUUGCGCGCUCCGAAGGGUCACCCCUAACCCUACUCGUUCAGCGCGGAAACGAGCGCAAGCUCAUCCGCCUGACACCACGGAGCGGCUGGGGAGGCCGCGGCCUCCUCGGCUGUCACAUCGUUCCGCCUUAGUAGCCAGUACAUUCUCGCCGCCUGCUACACACCGUU